AUAUGCCACUCCACACCCCGGCUGUGUUCCGCAGUGUAACAACGUGUCACCAAGCUUCACCUCAACAAUACCUAGAGACCUCACUCUGCUUUAAUAGGAUUCGGAGCGCAAUUGUGUUGGACAAUCCAUAGCAGCCGCAUUUCUGCUGGUAAUUCUCCCAAUAUCGUCUUCCAUGAUGCUCUCUUAACCCUCAAUACGCACUGCCCAACCCAUCAUCACGCACCUAUCUCAAACUACUACAACGCCAGAAGCCGCCCAUCAUGACUACAACCAUGAUGACCUCACUCUCUCGCUCUGAAACACUUACACUCUCGACCGUCUCUGCAGCUGCUUUCGCGGUCCUCGCAAACACCCUCCAUGGCGAUGGCGAGCCUCUCAUGGCAUCUCUGGCCCUGUCGGUCCUCGCCUUUGCGCUCUGCUUCGCCAUGAUCCGCUGGCUAGGCCCUACCUUCAUGCGUGCUGGCUUUCGAGGCCGCGACAUGAGCAAGGCGAACCGCGCCGAGAUCCCCGAGUGCAUGGGCGCUGUGUGCGCUGCGGUCUAUCUCCUCAGCGUCAUCGUCUUCAUCCCAUUCCCGUUCUACAAGGACAUUGUUGCGGCGACUAGUGGUGGUGGAAACCGUGAUGUCGUCGUCGAGCUUCAGCACGUCAACCAGGGCCGUUUUCUACAUCGCUUCCCACACAACAAGCUUGCGUCAUUCCUGGGCGCCAUCAUCUCUCUUCAAACAAUUGCACUUCUUGGUAUUGGUGAUGAUCUCUUCGAUAUUCGCUGGCGGCACAAGUGGUGGAUCCCCGGCCUGGCUUCGAUCCCUCUUCUUGUCGUUUACUUUGUAGACUUCGACGUCACUUCUAUUGUCCUACCUCUUCAGCUUCAGCCGUAUCUCGGCGAGCUCGUUGAUCUCGGGUUUCUCUACUAUGUUUACAUGGCGUGCGUUGCCAUGUUCUGCCCUCAGAGCAUCAACAUGCUGGCAGGCAUAAACGGCAUUGAAGUCUCGCAAUGCAUCGUCAUCGCUUUUCUCCUCGUCUUCAACGAUUGCCUGUACCUCUUUACGCCAUAUCCUCACCCUGCUACCGACUCGCACUUGUUCUCACUCUACUUCCUCCUCCCGUGGAUAGGCGUCUCGUUCGCCUUGCUCCUCCACAACUGGUAUCCUGCCAAGGUGUUUGUUGGCGAUACCUACUGCUACUUCUCGGGUAUGGUUUUUGCUGUCGUCGGUAUCCUCGGCCACUUUUCAAAGACUCUCGGGCUCCUCCUUGUCCCUCAAAUAUUUAACUUCCUCUACUCCUGCCCUCAGGUCUUCGGUCUGAUUCCCUGCCCACGCCACCGACUUCCUCACUUCAACGCCCGGUCUGGCCUCAUGGAGCCGUCUGUGACUCCUUGGUCACCCGAGCGUCAACCCCACCCCUUGAUCGCCCAAGGCCUGCACUUUCUCAACAGACUACGCCUGGUAAAGGUGACAACCGAUGAAAAGGGUCAAUUUGUCGAGACAAGCAACUUUACCAUCCUCAACCUCUGGCUUGUCUGGCGUGGACCACUCCGCGAAGAUCGAUUGGCCUUUGAGAUUACUAUGCUUCAGCUUGUUGCUGGUUUCUUUGGACUGUUUGUGAGGCAUCGUCUCGCACUGUUGGUCUUUAAGGAAGAUAACUGGGGGACUGCUGCGCAAUAUUAACAGAAAGAAAAGGGUUUGCGCCUUUCUCAGAGCCACAACCGUACCGCCUAUCCAGAUAGAAUAUCAUUCCACUGGUUGGAAAGUUAAUGAUUUAGAAUAAUACCCCCAUGUCACGG